AUGAGGAUCCGGAUUCGCGGUCCGGCGGGACAGUCCACCGUCACGCUGGAUGCAGAUGCAACUGUCGACGACCUCCGGCACCAAAUCACGGAGAAAACGGGGCUGACGGCGUACGAUGUAAAAUAUGGAUAUCCAAAUAUCAAGCCCUUGGUGCUAGGCGCGCUUCCUUCGAAGCAGAAACUAGCAGAUCUUGACAUUACCCUGAACGGGGAACAACUUAUCGUCACACAGCAAGAGAACUCGGCUCAUGCCCCGCUAAAGAACGAACCUCAAGCGGCAGAUUCGCCGCUGAAAGCGCCAGCUGUAGGCAGCACACAUAAGAAGGGUUCUCCUGAUGAUCCGCCGGAGGUCCCCUCGCCUGACCAUAGCGGAACCUUCGUUCUCCGAAUCAUGCCCGAUGACAACUCUUGUCUCUUUCGUGCAGUGAGUAGUGCGACUAUGGGAGGAGUAGAUGCCAUGACCGAAUUACGAUCUGUUGUUGCGCAAACAAUCCAAGCGCACCCAGACCUUUAUACUGAGGCAGUAUUGGAAAAGAAGCCGGAUGAAUACUGCCGCUGGAUUCAGAAUGAGGACUCUUGGGGUGGUGGUAUUGAGCUGAGCAUUCUGAGCAAGCAUUUCGACAUUGAAAUAUGCUCCAUAGAUGUGCAGACCCUUCGCAUCGAUCGCUUUAACGAAGGCGCCCCGAUGCGGUGUAUCGUGGUCUAUUCGGGUAUCCACUACGAUACAAUCGCCUUGUCGCCUUCUAGUCCGCCCUAUACCCACUCAGAUGUGCCUCCUGACUUUGAUACAAAAGUCUUCGACGCUGCAGAUCCAUUGGUACUCGAGAAGUCGCAGGAACUCUGUCAGGUUCUGCAAACCAGGCAUUACUACACUGACACAGCUGGGUUUCGUCUUCGUUGCAAUACGUGCGGAGGGACAUUCGUCGGAGAGAGAGGUGCUACACAACACGCCGAACAAACAGGACAUGUUGAUUUCGGCGAGGCUGGCUGA